UGGGUAUUUUUGCGACAGGUCCAAAAGAUCCUAGGCCCCACGGAUGUUCUUCCUGAUAUCAUAGAUCCGAGGCUAGUGCAAAAGACUGUCCGGGUCUUUCUGAGCUCAACCUUUACAGAUACAAGGGUGGAGAGAAAUGAACUCAUGGAGGAAGUGUUUGAACCAGUUCAGGAGCUUUGUCAGCAACAUGGUAUUGCCUUUGAAGUAGUGGACCUGCGAUGGGGUAAGACAGAGCAGUAUCUAUCAAUAAGCUUUCUGUUUGUAUUUUUGACAGAGAAGUAGUCAUUCUUGGUAGUUUAGAAUGUAAAAUUAAUCACUAAAGAAGUAAAUUGAAAGUUUGGCAUAAUAGUGUUAGAAGUUUCUUAGCGAAAACAAAACUCUUCUGACCAACAAACACGAGGCUACUUUCUCUAGUAGUCUUGUUGAUCUCUGUCUUCUAUUCGUCUAGAGGAGAAGACUGAGAUUUAUUUCCUCAGCGGCCAUUUUUCCAUUUUAGAACUUAAAACGGUACCUUUUUUGCAACUGGAAAACAACGUUUUUUAAAACAAGGCAAGAGCUUGAGAAACUGGAACUAACAAGAAAACAACGCAGACAAGUGGUCCCCAAUCAGUUUAAUUCACUGAUAAAGUCUCACGGAAUAAUCUUUCUUUUUCACGCACAAUGACGCCGAAACAUCCUUUUAUAGUAAAAAGUAAAAUCGAACUUCUUUUAGAUCAUUUCGUUCAUUGGCUUUCAAAUUGUAAGUCGAAAUGCAGAGAAUACUCCCUAAGAUGGGUAGGGUGGGAGGCAUGCAGUAUCGUCAAUCAAACUGACUACGGGCCGGCGGAAAGUCUAGUAAUCUGAUUCAGUUAUUGCUCUUUAUCCACCAGGGGUGCGCCAAGAGUCCGUGGAUGAUCACCGUAUUGUAAAUAUCUGCAUGGAAGAAAUCAAACGUUGCCAGGAGAAAUCACUUGCUAUCGCCUUUAUUGCCCUCUUAGGCGACAAAUAUGGCUGGAGACCUCUACCCCCGUCAGUCGAAGCUGACGAAUUUGAAGCGCUUCUUCAGCUGAUUGACCAAUCAGACCGCGAACUGAUCACUCGUUGGUAUCUUCGUGACGACAACUCGGUUCCGCCUUGUUAUUUGUUGCAACCAAUCUCAACGCAGUUUCCCAUCCACUCAGCAAAUAAAGAGGGAAUGUCAAAUGCUUGGGCGGACUGGGGCAAAGUCGAGAAGAGGAUCUGGAGUCAUUUGCGGUCAGCGGCAGAGAAGGCUGGUCUGAAGGAAGAAGAGAAGCAAAAAUACACAGUUUCCGUGACUCAACUGGAAGUGGAAAGGGGAGUGGUUACAGAUCCCGAGGCAAGCCAACGUUCCCUUGUUAUUGAUCGAAGGUUUGAUCAAAUUAAUGAAGAGGAUAAAGAGGCGAGAAAUUUCGUUAACAUACAGGUAGGAGACCAAUUUUGAUAUGUUUAAAACAAAAGACAUUUGCUACUCAUCCGUGAACGUUAAGGCGAUUUCUUUUUAUUUAUUCCCCAAGCCUUGGUGCCCUGUGAUGAAUUUUGAUAUAUCGAAAUUAUUUUUGGGCAGGCCGGUCAUAGAAAUUAUUAUUUCUACUUCCUUUACCCCGUGUGCACUUAGCACCUCCUUGGAAUUUUUUUCACGAUAACGUAUUUUGCGUCCAUGAUUUGGAUAUUCAGUUUUACGUAAAAUGUAAUUUUUCGUCGACCCUAGAUACUACUCCUCCUGCAUUUGUGCGUGACCAAUAGAUAUUAUGUAUAUUGUGGAGCAUUGUAAAGGUUAUUGAUCAGUAUAUUUGUUAUUGCCCAUUUCUUCAUUAAUUCUCAUUGCUUUAGCCGUAUUCCUGCUUCUUUAAACCUUACUGUAUGUAAACAUUACCGGUUUUACGCGAUAUGUAUUUUUAAUUACUGCUGAAUUAGUCAAAUUGCCUGCAGAUUAACAAUCGGAUUUUUUUUCUGUCGCAGUGUCCUAUCCCUUUUUCUCAACUGAAGUACGACAUUGUUAUUCAUGAGAAGGUUACUAAAAUUCGGACAAAGAGGUUACAUAAUAUAGACAGUCGCUGACUCUGUUAACUCCUUAGGACGAUGGAAGAAAAGACCCAGAAUGCCUAGAACUGCUCUCGGAGUUGAAAGAUAGUCGCAUUCCAUCUUCGCUGGAAGUUGGACGGAUACUUAAGUUUACUAACUUACGAUGGCAUCACGAAGGACUUCAUAAAGGCGAACAUGGAGCGUACAUCAAAGGUAAGAAGCCCUAUCAGUGAAAAAGAACCAUGAAGGACCACAACGGCCGACGUGGUGCAAUAAUGCGCGCUAUUUCUAACUUGCAGAAUGUGUCCAUCCCUAGCAGUGUUGCGUGCCAUAUUGAACAGUAGUUCAAUGUCUGUAGCAUUGCAAAGAACAAAUUUCAUUGUGUAUCUAAAUUCUACGACACACGGUGCGCAACAACCAUCGUCUUUGCCUUCUUCUUGAGACACCAUAUCCUCUCUAGCAUACAACUCAGAGUAAUGUUCUACUCAGCUUUCCAUCUGUUUUGCUCGGUCCUGGAUAAUCUCCCCUGUAGCAGAUUUUAAGGGGGCUGUUUUCUUCUGAGAAAAACCUAGUACCUGCUUGAUUCCCACAUUGGUUUUCGACUUAAAAUAGACUUCCAGCCUGCUAGGCUAGCAUUUACGCUUGUUGUCUCCUCUUCUGUCAACUUGAGAUUUAAAAAUAUCUGCAGACAAUCUUUUCCCAUUACGGAUCGUAGCGUCGCUAAGUGUAUCGCCUCAGGCACAGGCAGCCCAAAUUCUCGUUACGAGGAAAGGGUGUAAAGUAAUUUACUUACCAUAGGUGACGCGCAGACCUUUCUGCUAGACGCGUCGGUGUCGCGUUACAGGCGACCGUUGAAAAUAUGAGACUUUGUAUGAGAAAAAAAAUACUGAGAUCUGCGAACGCUAAAUACCGUUAAAUCUAAUUUUUCCUUCAAUGAAAUUAAUAAAAAGACUUACCUGCGGUAUAUUCCACCGCGUUUCGGUGUCUGCUUGUCGUUUUACUGGCUUUUUUGGCUUUAUUGCAUAACACUUACUCCCUUCAUGAGUAACCACAGGGAGCCCGCACAAUCUGUUUGUGUAGCCGAUUGUUAUUUUAUAUAAUUUUAUGUAUUAUUUAACCAUUUGGUUAACGACAUCCAAUAAAAAAAAGGUAAUCAGCGGGACGGUUUGUGGCUGGCACGUACGGAAUCUUGCUACGCAUUCCUGCCGCUCGAAUACUGUGGGAUUUUUUUUCUUCGACGGCUAGCUCCGGGCUGUUUGGAUGGAUUUUUCAUCGGAAGGUACGAGGAGAAACGUGAAUCUUUCUACCUUUUUGCUACGGAGUUUGAAAGCGGAGCAAUGCGAUCUUGGGGGGAAAAAGCGCUCCGGCACUGGAGCCCUUUCAAAACAUGGAUUCCACCCUUGUCCUUCUAUUACAAGGAACAGUCAACGGCGAAAUCAAACUCCUUCAAAGUCGCUCAAAAAACCGCUUUUGAGGUAAAAGGACGACUAUAUACCACAGGUAAGGUAAUUCAACGUUUAUUUAUCAUUGAUUUAUAUACAUGGUUAGCGAUAUAUCGCUAUAGGUGAAGCAAACGGUAAAUCCAGUACAUUUACUAUAAAAUAACAAUCGGCUACUCAAACAGAUUGUGUGGCAUGGGCUCCCAGUGGAGUAACAGUGGUUAUAGCCUGCAUAGCAGCGGUUAUGCAAUAAAGCCAAAAAAACAGUAAAACGACAAACACACACCGAAACACGGUGGAAUAUAUCGCAGGUAAGUUUUUGUUUAUUUAUUUCAUUGAAGGAAAAAUUAGAUUUAACGGUAUUUAGCAUUCGCAGAUCUCAGUAUUUUAUUUCUCAUACAAAGUUUCAUAUUUUCAACGUUGGCCUGUAACGCGACACCGACGCGUCUAGCAAAAAGGUCACGCGUCGCCUAUGGUAAGUAAAUUACGUGCUUUACACCCUUUCCUCGUAACGUGAGUUUGGGCCGCCUGUGCCUCAGGGCGCAUGUCGAGGCCAACGUCGAGCUCGCAGUCCUCCCAUUGUUGUCUGAGGAACUCAAAAUUAGAGAGACUUUCAUGGGAGCCGGUACUGGGAAAUUGGACGUGAAGCUUAGAGCUGUAGUAAUGAGGGGCAUUAUUUGCGAAUGGCUUUCUGCUGGCACUUCUCGUUGUUCCCCUAGAGGUUUCGGGAUUGUUUUCUGUCUUCCUUAGCCUGAGAUCAUGCCCUCUCCCUAUUAUCCCUUUAUGUCUCUCACGGGAAGCGGGCAUGAUACAUUUCUCUGUCGGAUCACAUGUAAAAAUGCCAGAAUCUGGACUUUUUUCUGAUUGGAUAGGAAACAAUGCGGAUGAUUUGCGCUGUUCCGAUUGGCCAAAAUGACGCCAUCCGUUAGUUGUUGUUGAUUUCAGUCUGCAUUUUUGCUUGCGUAAUAAGCAGUGAAUACACACGCGAGUUCGUUAUGAAAUUUCUGCCCGCUCACUUUUCUUGAAUUUGAAGAAUGCCUAAAUAGAAGUUUCAUCCAUUGAAAUAUUUACCAUCUCAUCGUAUACCAAAACAGUUGCAGUCAAAACUUCACCGAUCAUUUGAAUGCAAUUUGAUACCGGCUACAAGUUACAGAAGCGACAAACGGGUUCACUUUUCAAAUAAUCAAUUCAUGAAUGGAAUCUUGACCUGGUUUGACUGUAUUUCCUCCGUCAGAAAUCAUGCUGCGAAUCAUUCUGAGCGAUCUUCGCUUUCACAACACCUUUCGGUUCGUGAAAUAUGGUGCUUCAGCCUAAUUUUUUUUCCACUGCUUUCGGUACAGAACGAAGUCAACGAGCUUUAACCAGUAAAUUCUUUAUUAUUUGUAGCUGUUCAUAAAGCUACGACAGCUCCAGCUAGCAGUAUAUUUCAUCACAAAAACAACACCUUUUUUUUUUUUUUUUACGAAGCGCCAUCUGAACACGGACGUACUUAAAAAUUUUUUUUCCCUAAAACUGAUUUCAAAAGAGACAUUAUUCGCGCCAAAAUUUGAUUCCCGUUUUGUAAACGCUUAUUCUCGGUUUUCACUGUCACGCAAUCAAAAAUAAAAUUGCAAACCAUUCAAUACAGAAAGUCCCGAAACAAGGAAAUAAAAGAAGAUAAAUAAGCAAAAGGCCUCGCCAAGAAUCAGGUCUGUGCGAUAUUUCAUAUGCGAGAUAUUAGGAAAAACGUUUUACCCAAAUUUACAAAGCUUUGUAUGGCGACGCCAUGUUUGUGUCCCUUUGCGGGGCACAAAUAUGGCCGCCGGAAACCAACAGAAACAUCUGUUUUUGAUUUUUCCUACUAAUGCGUUAAUUCAUCGCUUGAAAAACUCAUAAACUAUUAAAGUGAUAUUUAUUCUGAGACAAAGAAUGUUUAGACAGCAAAAUCUCCCAAAAUUGGUAAUGUUUUUAACCCACAUAAGAGCCGUUGUGGCCGCCAGCUAAAUGCCGCGUCACGCAAAAGCCUAGAAAUUCAAACGUCCUCUAUCGUAAAACGAAGAACCCUUUCGAACCAAAACUCUGUUUAAAUAAAGGUGUUUAGGUGCUGUAAUACCUCAUGAAACUCAGAAACUCAGAAGAAUCGAUAGUUUCUUAGUUUGAAUUUUGGUGACGUCAUGUGAAAACCGAGAAUUGGCUAAAAACAUGACAGGUCAAGCAAACGUUAGAUUAUGUAAAUUAGGGGGCGGUUGACUGCUUGUUAAAUAAAUGUAUCAGGCGUUAUUUUUUUCCCUCUCGAGCCAAAGAAGCAAAAAAAAAAAACAAAAAAAACAAAAAAAAAAAGACGCCUGAUCUCAGGUUAGUCUUCCUAGACUGACCUUUGUUUUGUGCGAUUCUGUGGUAGAAUUCGCAGUGGCUGUUACUGAAAGAAUCGCGAUUUACUUCUUGACACCAUGUUGUACUCCCGGGGUUGUACUCUUAGCAGUAAUCAUACCAUUUUAUGAGAGAGCAAAGGUAGUUUUGCUUGAUUGACACUUAACCCACUUUAACAUGUCACGCAACAUGUAACACCAAAUACUAUACCCUUUGAAGCCACACAGACCUGUAUAACCUAUAUAAAGAAAUACCCCGGCUUUUAAGAGACCUUUAAAUAUUUCGGCAUGAGUGCGUUUAUAGGCCAAAAGCUUUAAUUCAAAGAUGUCUUUUUUAAAUUUCAAUCUCUAUAGAAAUGUGCAACCGCACUAGAGAACUCUUAAUGUCACGCAUCCGUGAAGUCCUGCAAAGACUUGGUCCUUCCAAUCCAGUCAUAGAAGAGGUCACGCGUCACGCGCUCUUCUGUCGUGAUCACACACUCUCGUUCCAGGGUCGCGCCGAUAUUUUACAGGUCGUUGACAAACACCUUAGUGUUCGUAAUCCCUUGAAGCCCUUAGUAAUCUAUGGUGAGUCAGGAGUUGGAAAGACGUCACUUAUGUCCAAGAUUGUCAUGGAAACACAAGCAAAGAGCAAAGAGAGAAAUCUCGCAGUCAUGUAUCGGUUUUGUGGAACAACACCAGACUCAUCUACUGGUACGAUAGUCAUUGUAUAUUGCAUUGGUAUUGUACACAAUAGAGGUAUAGUCUCUCCCUGUCAUAUUAAAGGGUUCACGGGCAAUUCUCAACCUGUUCCCCAGGGCUUUCUUCAUUGAUUAUGAUCAGUAAAACGUGUCAAUUUGUCAUAACUAUUGGCGAUGACUGGUCAAGUGUCCCUAACAUGGUAAUAUAUUGACGCUGUCUAAAAUCAUUCAAAAAGUUUGAUAGUAGUGGUGGAUAGCUUUCUCGUUCUGAUUAGAACUCAUCAGUAGGGCAGGGUUGGUGUUGGUACAAUUAUCCCACACACUUAUUUAGUAGAACGUCCACCAUACCUUAUCAUAUCACGUAAGUCAGAGAGAACAAGAGCCCUUUCUCCUUUUGAUGUGUUACGAAGACGCAUAUUAUUACGAGGGCCACGGGCAACCUGAGGCUCAAAACUAUAGGCAAAACCAAUUUUUAAAGCAGCGUAUUGGUGUCUGUGUCUGUGUGUAAUUCUGUGAGUUUCUUGCCUCUUUAUUGCGUAAGUCUUAUUAAAGGAAGUGCAGAAGAGGUACCAGAUCCGUCAGUCUGAAUGUGGUUGCGUCAACCUAACUGAUUAUGAUUCCUGACACUUUUCCAGGUAGAGCUCUUACAGAGAGUUUCUGUAAACAAAUAAAACUCGUUUACAGCAUCAGUGAAGAAGUCCCAGAAGAUUACAAAACCUUGUGUGAGGCCUUCCCUAAAUUUCUGGAACGUGCGUCGGAAGAAACGCCGCUGUGCAUAGUGAUCGAUUCUUUAGAUCAGUUAACUGAUGAGGACGGCGCGAGGCGCUUCUUAGAAUGGCUUCCGCGUAAGUUACCUGCGCAUGUGCACAUGAUAAUAUCUACUCUGCCAGAGGAGGGUGGCUGUAUGAAGCGAUUAAAGACGUUUGGAAUCCCCGCUGGACAGUUUUUACAGGUAAAUGAAAUUGACAAACAGUUGUUACGACUGUAGUGAAAGGUAAAACGUUGUACUUUCAAAUAAAUUAAAGUAAAAAUCUGUGACUAAGAACCUGGUUUAUACGAACCUGUUUGGCUAAAAUUUGCCAGUUAGAGCCCCUCUAUACAACAACCUGUAUAGCCUUAAAUUCGAAACAGGUUCUUAUUUUCUAAAAUUUAUAAGAAAAAUUCUCCAUACUAAGGCAAAUAAGGGAAGGCAACAGUCAUGAUCCUGUUUGGAGACAGGUGCCUUAUACUCUAACUACAAUACUAAUUAAGGGUGCAAAUUAGAUAGGAAUAAGCUGAAUACCACUUAACAUUCUUCAGAAAACAAGAACCUAUUUAAGAACCUAAAUAGCCUAAAUUUGGGCUAAUUACCAUUUACGUAAGAACCUGUUUAAGUUAACUUGGGAAAAUACAGGUUCUUAGUUGCGGGUUUUUACUGUAUGAAACUGUCGGUUUUUUAUCAGUAAGACUUGGUGGGUUAAACCAUUUUUUGUCAGCCCCGUUGACGUAUCUUGUUAUUUAUACUCUUGUUUAAGACCAUUUCAUUCUUAAAAUCCUGGCCUGGUUGCAUUAUCGUUACCUUUUUCCACCUCUCAUUGUCUCUGUUUUUUUUUUUUUUUUAUGAGAGGCGCACAGGGCGAAGUCCUUUAAGACUACAGUUUGUAAGAAACAAAAUUUUCUAAUAAACUGAUAUUUAUUUGACACCGGACAAUGUUUUUAUCCAUAAAGUACCGAUUGUAUUAUAAUCAUGGUGAAUUUAGGUGGCACGUCUCGACAAGCAUGAUGGACCUGUCAUUCUAGACGCAUGGCUUCAAGCAGUCAACAGGACGCUGACCCCCAAACAGCGGGCGCUUGUCUUAGAAGCAUUCGAUAAAUGUCCACUACCUCUGUAUUUACACCUCCUCUUUAACAAGUGUCGAUCGUGGCCUUCUUACAAGUAAGAACUUCUCAAUCAAGUCACGGAUAUCAGUUUUAAUGCGUUGAAAUUCUUUUUUUGUUCCUCUUCUCUCUCCUCUUUAGCCCCGUGUAAGAGAAUCCAAGAAAGUAUUGGAUUCUGGAUUCCACGCCGUAGAUCCAGGAUCCUAAGUACUGCAUUCGAUAUCUUUUUCAGUGGAACUUGGAUUCCGGAUUCCAAGCAUUGGUGGGAUCCCGGAUUCCUUAAGCUGUAUUCCGGAUUAAUUCACAAGAAGAAAUACGAAAAAAGAACAAAGAAGAAACUUGACUGUGACAAAAUCACCUACUUGCUUAUAUUAUUCUAACACUUAAGCUUUUAUUUAAACUAGCUACUCGAUAAAGCAGAUGAAAUGAAUCUUGCAGUGAACAUAAAUUGGUACCACGUGAAGGGGAACAUCAAACUACUACUAUUCAUCAGGUCUAGCUUGUUUUUACUUUUAAAACACUCCAGAGACUAUGACAAUAUACGUUUGCAUUAAUUUUUGUAUUAUUUUUUAUUUUUUUGGACCAAUUGAUCAAAGCACCAUAAACACAGAUUGCAACUCAAAUUUGAAGAAAUCAGAUAAGAGAAACAAGCUUUAUACAAACAAAUCGAAAAAGAAAACAAUACUGUACCGUGUAGACUGUUCACAGUCCCCUAUUUUCCCAUAAGAUCGUCGAGAUCGAUGGCAAUCCGUUGUGGGUUGCCAUCUUGGAUGAGUGUCAUGAAAAUCAAGAUGUCACCAUUAACGGUAACACGCGCUAUAUCACGACGAUCUCAAGGAAAAAUAGGGGACUGUAAACAGUCUAUGUCCUGUGAAACUAAUCAAAUAUGUUCAUCAAAUCACGCUUUUUAAUGUAAAAAUCGAAAAAUUUGUGGGUAGCAAUCUUUCGCAUUUCCGGUAUCUGGCAUGACCAUUUCAGGUACUUUUUAGGUGUCCAGGUCCGCUUAAUAGACGUGUCCGCUUAACAAAGGUUUCAUCAUUUUAAAGUAAAUAAGGGAAAUAAAUUUGGGGACUUCGGCUACUGUCCGCUUAAUACGGUGUCCGUUUAAUACAGGUUUCACUGUAAUAGUGACCUUACGCAACAGGACGGGAGAGGGAAGAAGACGGCAAACCAUGUGUGACAACAACUUUUUGCCAAACUUCAAUAUCCUUUCAAAAGAUCUUUUUGCAAAAGAUCAGAAAACAUUAAUGUUAAAUGAAGAUCACGACAAAACGCGUAAGAAUUAGCCCUGUCACGUUUUUUCACACACGAGCGUUUUGCCGUCCUCCUCUUCCUGCCGUCCGGUUGCGUAAACUCACUAGUAAUAGUAGACUGAGAGACGACUGGGGACAAGUAAGAAACUGCUGGGAAGCUUAUCUUACAUUUGUUAUAAUUCCAGAGACACCACGGAUAUCAUUCUUAAAGCUGGCGUAAUUGGGAUGAUAGACUCUCUAUAUGAAGACCUUGAAAAGUACCACGGCAAAAUGCUUGUGUCAAGAGUCCUGAGUCUGCUUGCUUCUGAGACGAAUGGGAUGAAUUCGGAAGAUAUUAUCAACAUACUGAGCUGUGACGAAGAACUUCUCAAAGACGUGUUAGUUUGGCACGAGCCACCGAAGCGCCGCUUACCACCCCUGCUGUUGGCUCGUCUGAAACACGACUUGGGUCCUUUCUUAGUAGAAAGGGGAGCCUUUGGAGUGUCACUGCUGGCACUAUUUCACAGGUAUUGCUGUGUCUUAUGUACUAGGACUACUGAAAGGAAUAAUGCCCAUUUACGACCCAAGUUUUGAACUUUCAUCAAUAAUUACCUUUUGUCAAAUGUCAGGGCCAAUACUAGGGCCAUAAGGUUGAUUAACUAAAACGAAAUUUUUCGGAAUACCGAAUUUUAGGGCUACAAAUCACAGGUAUUGCUGUUCCUUACAUACCCUUGGAGUGAAAAGGAAAAUGACCUGUAAUCACCUUAGUUCUCACCUUUUAUCGUUGUUGGAAAGAUUGUUUGAACAAUUUUUUGAUAAAUAACUAUUCUUUGUCAAAUGCAAGUGCUAAAACUGGAGCAUAGAGGUCAAUCAACUAAAACUUAAGUUGUUUAGCAAUAUCAAAUUUUACUAGCUGCAAAUGCGUCCAAAUAAAAAGUCUUAAAAGUUUGACCGACCUGAUCAAAUUAGGUUCGGAUCGAAAAUAUGUGGCAAUAUAAACGCCUACAUUGAUAAUCGUUUUCAAUAUCGCAUCAUGAAAUAUUAGGUGUUCCUUUGAAAGUUUUGCAGUCGUUUUAAACACCUUUUAAUUGAUCAUCUGUUUGUAGACAGUUCGUAGAGGUCGCAAGAGAAAAGUAUUUAAAAGAGAAUCGCAAAGAAAUUCACAGGAGCAUCGCUGAUUACUUUUCUGGAGACCUUCACAAGAAAUAUGGCAACGAACGUACCAUCCCUGCCCAGCCUCACGCAUACUCCACGGUCGCUCUAAACCUGAGAAAACUGGACAGACUACCAGUUGCUUUGCUUGAGACACGUGACUCUGAAAGGCUGCGAAGUACUCUGGGAGAUUUGAAAUUUGUUCAAGCUAAGUGCAUGGCAGGAAUGGGAUAUGAGCUUCUGGCAGAGGCUACCAGAGCUGUGAGUUGUGCGGUUGAUGAACACGCUGACAAUGAGGUGGGCCGCUUAGAUAAACUUUGCGAAUAUUUUCACGAGCGAUAGUCACUUUGCUAUUUAUCGCGACUUUAAGACCGCUGAUUGGUCAUAUUCAUCAGGGGAUGGUGUUAAAAUACUGAGUGGGACCUCUGACUGAAACCAUAAGGGGUAUCAUGGGCAAUGUUAAUAAGUAAAUUAACAGUGUAGUUUCUUUGUGAUUGUUGCAUUGCGGACCUCGUCAUCACUCAUCAUGGUUUGUGAGUUAGUGUGUGAAACUGUUCUCUCAGCGGUCCAUCGUUAGUACGGCCGGAUCAGCUUCUGUGUAGUCUGAUUAACGAUAUCACGUUGGAACCCAAUUCCUCUGCCUCUGCGAAAGGGAUAGAAAAGGUAGUUUCCUUAUAGUAAGACACCUGACAAAUUGGUUUGUUGUGCAGCGCUUUGUUGUUGUUGUUUUUUUAAUGGAAAUAGAAGCUUUGUUCCUGUACAUACUUCUAAAAGAUUUUGUUUACAGAUCAUUGAAGAUCUCCAAGACAUCUUGGGAUUUCUGCGAAGUGAAAUCCACAUUUUAACCAGGACACCAAUCCUGACGUACCAACAAGCUGCAACAUAUCCCCAACACCAAUGGGUUGCACAACAAGCCCAGCGCAUGCGCCAAACGUUUGACCAGCCAGACCCUGACAACAUCCCCACACCAGAGGGGUGGGUCGAGUGGAUGAACAAGCCUCAAGUUCCAGAAGCCUUUGAGCUUGAACUCAGUGGUCACUCAAAAAGCGUUCUUUCAACGUGCUUUGCAAAAGACAACAGGGCGUUGUUGUCUGGGUCAACCGAUGGGACCAUCCGUGUUUGGGACAGUCAAACAGGCGAGUUGCACGCCCAGCUUGAGGAUCAUCAAGGACCUGUAACAUGUGUGAGACUGUCGCCAGAUGGCAACGUGAUGGCCUCAGCUUCUGCUGAUAAGACCAUUCGACUAUGGAGAUUUCCAGCCAAUGAGUGUUUCAAGUUAGUAUUAUGCAAAUCAGUCAGUUUUCUACCUUUUCUGGCUUCCCUCAUAUAGGCAUUAACUCACUGUUGACUAUUAUAAUAAUAGUAUUAAAAUUUUAUAUACAGAAGAAAAUAGAUUUAAUGCACCUUCUAGCGCCCCUGUUUUGAUGCUUUGUCUUUCUCGCCUAGGACACCGAAGAAGACUAGCAGAGAUUAGAGAACCGGGUCAUGCCAGUAGUAUAUAAAAAAAACGCGUCAGUGAUUCACAAGGUCAAAAACUGUGAACAGGCUAGAACCUCGAGGUGUUUGAUGACAUGAGGAAUAUUUUGUGGAACGUUUGAUAUUUCUUCUCAAACAAAAAAAAUUACAGUGAGAAAGUUACUCUGCAAAAAUGAGGAGUCUUUCAUCUGAUUUCCACACGGCACUAAAAUACUUUGAUUUUCUUUCAACUUCGUGGUUGUCACUUGGUUGUACAAACGUACUUAUCAAUUGUAAUUUCUGGUGAAUGUUUUAAGGAUCAUCGAGGGACAUGAAGAUCGAGUGACAUGCAUUUCCUUUUGGAAAGACGGAGACAAGCUUCUGUCUGCUUCCAAAGACAAGAGCCUCAAAAUAUGGGAUGUAAACACUGGAGAGAACCUAGGAACGCUCCUGGGCCACAAAAGCUUCCCAAUGUCGUGCGCUUGGUCUCCGCUGGAUGAAUCAGUUGCUGCUUCAUGUGGAGAUCAACUGGAGCUCUUCAUAUGGGACCUCAGAAACAUGUCCAUCAAACGGACCUUGCAGGGACACCAGCGAGACGAUAACCCAAAUUUCCCCAUUAAAGACUCUUUAGAGGGGCACCAAGAACUCGACUACAAAUCACUUAUUUGGUCGGUAUGCUUCUCUCCUGAUGGAAAGUACCUCGCUUCCGCGUGCGUCGAUAGUGACGUCAUCUUGUGGGAUGUAACGACAGGGGUGAGGAUUUAUACUUUUAAUCUCCCAAAUGACGCCUCGACGGUCGCUUUCGUCCAAACCGAUCACGGCACGCGGUUAGCUGCAGGAUCUUCGGCCCAUCAUACUGUCACUCUGUUUGAUGCAACAUUUGAUGACACAAGUGAUAAAGGCGUCAGCAGCAGUUCCAGGACCCUAGCUUUGCUGGGUGGCCACUCCGACUGGGUGCUGGAUGUCGCGUUUAAUGGUGAUGGGACUCGGCUAGCGUCGGCGGCUCGCGACAAAACUGUUCGUGUCUGGGACGCAACGGCAGCGGAAAAGUUACGGAAGGCACGUUUCCAUUCUGAACGCUGUUGGAGCGUCGCGUACUCUGAUGACGGGAGAUGGUUGGCUUCUGCCUCCGAUGACUUUAAGGUAAGAGUUAGUAGUUGUCUCGGCAACCUCCAUCUUGAAUAAAAGUAGCUCAAUUCUUUUCAAAUGCAUCCUUACUAGAGGGUAUUUUAGUGAAGCAUUAUCAAUCUUUCUGGCUGCAUUCUAGAGUAGUCGUUCUUAUAAACCCAUUAGCAAACUCAUUUCGCCCUAAAUUAACAGAGCGCCUGUAAGGGCGUUAUCCGAGAGGAUUAAAAUUUUAUCCUGAGUUUCGGUCUACUAUCUUAUUGACCGUUUUGAACUGUCAGUUUCAAUUAACAAGGUUGGAACUCAGGGUAAAAACUACACAAAAUCUAUUGACUGCAGCUCUAGAUGAAGAAUUUAGUUAAACAUUUAGCUUAUCCCUGAGAGUAUAUAGUUAAUUAUCUUUCUAGUAAUUCAGGCUUGGUCCGAGAAGAAUAGAUCAUACUCAGUCUAUCUGCGAUGGUAGGCUGGGUCUGACUAUAGCUUACAGACGCCGAGUCGGAAGUUGGAUAAUCGGUUCAAAUGUAACUGAUAUUCCUUAUUCCUUGAAUAAUAUUUCUUACUCGAGCCUUGCAGACCUCAAGCCAUUAUAGUAGUUUUAGGCCGACAAUACAAAUAUGUUACUUUCCAUAGUCCAGGUCGUCACGAAAUCUUUAUAGUUACUGGGUAUUGGGAACUGUGUCAUUUGUCCCAAGGGAAUUUUCGCUGAAAAGGAGAACUUUCAAUUCCAUUCAGGAAUAUACUGAUUUAGCUGGACAGUCCUAAUUAAUAGUAUAAACCUCGUUGUGACUGCACCGAUCUGGCCUGCUAUUUUCGACUAUACUAGUCUUACUAAAUAGCCCUUAGACUCGCGCUUCUUAAGCCUAUUUGACAAAGGGACUACUCGGAACUUCGUUACUUCUCUUAUGCGUUGACUUUACUCUGCAGGUUUGCGUCUGGAACAUGGAGACCCACGAGGUUUCACUGAUCUAUGAGGGGCACGAACAGAAGAGAACGUUUUCUUGUGGAGUGCGGGCCUGUACGUUUUCAAGGGACUCAACCGAGGUGGCCAGCGGUGGGGACGAGCUCAAAAUUCGUAUUUGGUCACGAGAAACUGGUGAGGACAACAUCGUUCUGCACUGUGGCGAGUCCAUGCUGCCUUGGUGCCUACGAUUUUCUUUGGAUGACAAGUGGUUGAUCUCUGUGGGUGAGUUUACCAAUGGCGCCAUUGUUUGGGAUUUAGAAACGCAAAGCAAGAUUACGAUUUUGGGAGGUCAUGACCGCUUCUGCCAGUACACUGAAUUCUCGCCUUUAGGGAACUUCAUCUUGACCAGUUCCAUAGACAACUCAGCUAGAAUAUGGAACAGCGGUAGCCUCGAGCACGUGACUACAGUCACACAACCUGACUGGGUGACCUGUGCCACGUUUUCUCACAACGAGAAGCUGUUAGCCACGUGUUCAAAGGACGGGUUUGUUUGCCUGUGGGAAACCACUACAUGGCAGGUGCUCUGUAUAUUAGCAGGACACGAAUCUGAGAUAAGGAUGGUCAGUUUUUCACGCGAUGAUAAGCUCCUAGCGAGUGGGGCUUUGGAUCAAACCAUUCGCAUUUGGGAUUGCAAUACUCAUCGCCAGGUUCAAGUGUUCUACGCGGCCUCUGGAAUCUGGGGGUUGGCAUGGCACCCAGACCGGUGCGAUUUGCUAACAGCUGGUGAUGCUGUGGGGUAUCUGUACUUCUUGAAACUUCACAAUCGAGACAAGGCAGAAAAAGAGGUUAUUAAGUCGUAA